UUUAUGGAGUACAGAUGAGAAAGAAAAACUCUUACUAUGUGUAGCAAAAAGUUUUUCAAAUUACAGUUUCCCUUAUAUACUGCUUACAAGCUAUACUCAUCCUACUAUAGAGGAUAUAUCAACUCAAGAAAGUAACAUAUUAGGGGCAUUCUGUGAUAUGAAUGAUGUAGAAGUACCAUUGCAUUUGCUUCGUUAUGUCUGUUUGUUCUGUGGGAAAAAUGGUCUUUCUCUCAUGAAGGAUUGCUUUGAAUAUGGAUCUCCUGAAACUUUGCCAUUUCUUAUAGCACAUGCGUUUAUUACAGUUGUGUCUAAUAUUAGAAUAUGGCUACAUAUUCCUGCUGUAAUGCAGCAUAUUAUACCUUUUAGGACCUAUGUUAUCAGGUAUUUAUGCAAGCUCUCUGAUCAGGAGUUACGACAAAGUGCAGCUCGUAACAUGGCUGACUUAAUGUGGAGCACAGUGAAAGAACCGUUGGAUACAACAUUAUGCUUUGAUAAAGAGAGUCUUGAUCUUGCAUUUAAGUACUUUAUGUCACCUACUUUGACUAUGAGGUUGGCUGGAUUGAGUCAGAUAACAAAUCAACUUCAUACCUUCAAUGAUGUGUGCAAUAAUGAAUCAUUAGUAUCAGACACAGAAACGUCCAUUGCAAAAGAACUUGCAGAUUGGCUUUUAUUAGCAACAAUGUGUAGAGCAUAUAUUUGGCCAAAUUUACAUAUUGAGGUUUGUAAACAAUUACAUCGUUUAUGUAUUCUAUAGAGAGUAUUUUUAAGAGAUAACUAUAUUAAGUGUUCCUUUUCCAGAUUAUCAAACAAUGCCAAGUGAUUUUGAAUUUCUUGGCAGCAGAAGGACGACUGAGUACUCAGCAUAUUGACUGCAUUUGGGCUGCAGCGCAGUAUAUUAAGAGUUCUGUUUAUCAAGUUGCUUUCUUAAGUUUUCUAAGUGCUUACUUCCCUAUGAUGUAAAUUAAAUAGAAAAGCUGGAAUGGAACCUGAGUAUGGCUUGAGACCAUGUGGUACUGAUAGAACUGAGGGAAAUCACAGUUAAUCAGAACUUCUUCAGGAAAUUAUUUGGUUUAAGAGAGACAUUUUCCUUUCGUUCUCAUUUAUAAAGUCUAACCUUAUAUUCUAAAGUCAUAUGUUUCUUUUUUGUGUACUAUUUUUUCUUUAUCUUUUGAAU